UCUCGUGACAAGCCUCACGUGGUAUGAAUACAUACGUUCCUUCAGACCACCCAGACUGAAAGGCGUUUGUACGCAAAUGGUUUUGGGUCGGUGAGAACGACAUAUCCCUAAGAACUGACCGCACCCCAGGGACCUCCAAUUAUUACGUAAAAUGGCUUCGAGGCCCCCUCCGGAGGCCAUCAAACCACCCCCUACCCCCCCUGAUCGGAGGCCAUCCUGGAGGCGCCUUCCUAAUUGGGACGCUGCCUGGCCAUUUGUCCACCGCUUGCAUGGUAUGCUAGGGAUCGGCCUGAGUGCUGAUAUAUGCUGUAUUAGUCAUUAUAAAGCCUCAGACAAUGUCUGACCUCUCAAAAGCAUGUAUUUCUUGCUUGCAAAUGGCAGACCACUG